ACGGUUUUAAUAGGAUUUAGGGCUUGCUGCGACUGAGGAAAUCAGUCGAACUCGCCACGCACACCGCGAGAUGGCGAGAGCUUUCGGCGCUGUCCUCUACCGGGUCUCUCUCACGCGUGUCCUUCCUUCUUUCCGGCGCCAGACGACGCUUGAGAGGGUUGGGUUUCUGGGCGCGAAGCUGACGAUCAUGCCUUCCAGUGGGGAGCGUAAUUUCCAGGGCGUGAGGCGGAUAUGGACUUCUCGCCCUGUUUGCAUGGGCAGGCGUUCUUGCAAGAUCGCUGGAAGAAAGGAUGCACAGAAUUUGAAGAAAAUGAAACGGAAUAGCAAAAUUGGAAAAGAAAUUGUUGCAGCUAUACAAAAAGGAGGUCCAAAUCCUACUUCCAAUACAGUUUUAGCUGCUGUACUAGAGAAAGCUAGAGAGCUUGAAGUGCCCAAGGAAAUUGUGGAGCGCAACAUAAAAAAGGCAUCUGAAAAGGGACAAGAAGCAUAUAUCGAAAAGUUUUAUGAGGUCUAUGGUUUUGGCGGGGUUGGUAUGGUUGUUGAGGUUCUAACAGAUAAAGUUACAAGAUCAGUAGCUGCUGUUAGAGGAGUGGCAAAGGACUGUGGAGCAAAACUUGCUGAUCCAGGAUCUAUCUUAUUCAAAUUCAGGCGAGCACAGGUCAUAAACAUAAAGGCCAACGCUGCUGACAAAGAUCAGCUACUCAGUAUUGCAUUGGAUGCUGGUGCUGAAGACGUUAUAGAACCACCAGAGUAUGAAGAUGACUCAGAAGAAGAUCGACCUGACAGCUACUACAAGAUUGUUACUUCUUCAGAAAACUACUCCUCUAUAUUAUCAAAGCUACGAGAUGAGGGCAUAGGCUUUGAACCAGAUAAUGGUUUUGAACUACUGCCAUUUAACCCCAUUGAGGUUGAUGAUGAAGCGAUGGAUUUAAACAAGGACCUUAUCUCCAAGUUACUUGAACUUGAUGAUGUUGAUGCUGUGUAUUCAGAUCAGAAGUGAUCACGGUGAUUUCACCCUCACAUGUUCAUCUAAAGUUGUGCCUAAAACUCACUACCCUCCCAGAUUUUAUUCACAAGUCAACAAGAAGGCCAGUUCCUCCAGACUUAGAGUUCUUCAGUCUCAGGAAAGGGGUUUUUCUUUCCUGCUCGAUGUACCAAUAUAUUUAUUUGUAUUUGAAACAUUUCAUUCAUUUUAUCUAUGAAAUGAGUAAAUUCCAUUCCUUUGCA